AUGACACUCUCAAAUCGCGAAGACCAAAACGUGGAGUUCGACUUUCUCCGUCCCCUAUUCCUAUUCCACGUUAGCCACCAGUUCACACGAGAUAUAGGCGCAUGCUUGUGGCAAAAUGCCAUCAUCAAAUUCGAAACUCCGGAGUGUUUCUUCUCCUUCAUCGCUCCUCGGCCUGCGAUCGUCGAUUCUAUCAAGUUUAUCGAACUGGAACUUCAAUUAUUCGAGGAUUGGUUCGACAAUUAA